CAUUAGCAGGGAGAUUUGGCGGAGCAUUGGCAGUCCUGCGUUAUCGUCAGCAACGGUGAAGGCGAAGACGGCAUCUGGCAGCAUACUAUCGCUCGAUGGGGAGUUCGAGUGCGACGUCACCAUCGGAAGCAGUACACGACGUGAGCUCAUCCGUGUAACCGAGAAGCAGCUGCAGUUACUCGGAUCCGAUUUGGUCGACAGUUUCAACCUUUGGGCCGUCCCUAUGGACACCUUCUGCUGCCACGUGUCUGGAACGCCAGUGUCGACAGGUGCACUCAAGUCGUCUUUUCCAGAGGUCUUCAGCGAGAAGCUCGGCUUGUGCACCAGAACAAAAGUGAAGUUGGAGUUGAAAGAAAACGUUCGACCCGUCUUCUGUCCGAAGCGUCCGGUAGCUUACGCUAUGUAUGAUACCGUUGAUCGCGAGCUCGACCGGUUAGAGAAAUUGGACAUCAUCACCCCGGUCGAUUAUUCGGAGUGGGCCGCUCCGAUCGUCGUAGUCCGCAAGUCCAAUGGCUCCAUCAGGAUUUGCGGAGACUACUCAACGGGUCUGAAUGCAGCUCUCCAAUCACAGCAGUAUCCACUUCCACUUCCGGAUGACAUCUUCGCCAAGCUGGCUAAGUGUAAGAUCUUCAGCCAGAUAGAUUUGUCCGACGCCUUCUUACAGGUGGAAGUUGACGAGCAGUACCGUAGUUUGCUGACGAUCAAUACGCAUCGUGGUCUCUACCUCUACAACCGCCUGCCGCCGGGUUUGAAGAUCGCGCCUGGCGCAUUUCAGCAGUUCAUCGACACAAUGUUAGCCGGACUGAAGGGCACUUCUGGCUACCUCGAUGACGUCAUCGUCGGCGGAGAAACUGAAGAGGAGCACGACCUCAAUCUACGGGGUGUCCUGAAGCGAAUCCAAGAUUUCGGAUUCACGAUUCGUGUUGACAAGUGUUUGUUUCGCAAGCAGCAAAUCCGAUACUUGGGGCACAUCAUCGACAGUCGCGGGUUGCGACCAGAUCCGGCGAAAAUCGAGGCGAUCACCAAGCUGCCGCCUCCAGCCGAUGUAUCCGGUGUGCGAUCGUUUUUGGGGGCCAUCAACUACUACGGCAAGUUCGUCCCCAACAUGCGCAUGCUACGCUACCCGCUCGACAAUCUCCUCAAGGUGGAGACGAAGUUCAGCUGGAGUCCGGAGUGCCAGAAAGCGUUCGACCGGUUCAAGCAGAUUCACUCGUCGGAUCUUCUCCUCACACACUACGAUCCGAAGAAUUAG